AUGGUAAGUAAAUUCUUCUAUCAAUAUGAUAAAGCUUUGAAUACCCGUUAUCUCAGUGAGAAAGAGAAAGAUGUGAAGACAAAAACAUUGAAACCAAUUAUGAGAACUUCUUACAAUAUUGAAGAAGAAGCGUCCAAGAUCUACACAAGAAAAUCCUUUUUGAUCUUCCAAGAUGAGUUAUUUAAUAGCCAACGCUUCAAGGCACACAAAACACAUGAGGAAGAUGGUCGAAAAAUUUCCUGGAUGGGCAUUGCGGGGAAAGAAAAGCCGGCAUAUGAAGUAACACUUGGUAGGGAGAACAACACUAUUUCUUGUACAUGUUGUAAGUUUGAAUUUAUUGGCUUCUUAUGCCGGCACAGCCUACAUGUUUUGGCAAAGAAAAGUGUUUUGGAUAGUGUAAUGCAGUCAUAUGUUUUGGAGAGGUGGAUGAUGAAUGCAAAAAGUCGCAUCGUGAAUGGGAUAUGCGUCGAUGAGGGGCCAUUGGAGACAGUCCCAUCAUCAUUAGUGAUGAAGCAUCGUUUGAUGAGAUGGUUUUACUUGGUUGCAGAGAUGGGGUCACUAUCUAUCAAGAAAUAUGAGCAUGCUUCUAGGAGAAUAGAUAAUAUUCAUCAAGAGCUUCAACUGAUGAAUGAUGACGAUUGUAACACGGAGGGAAAUGUAGAGCCAAAUAGUCUCCAAUUUCUCAUUGCAAGAUCUGCCACAUAUUGUUUCUAA